UUCCCUAAGAUGGAAUCAUAUAUUUGGCUUCAAACUGCGGAUGGUUUUUGUGAACAAAUAGAGGAACCAGUUGCAAUGUUUUGCCCAAUGAUUUGUCGGGAAGUUGUUCAGAAUGGGAUGGGGUACUCGAAAAGCUUUGCAGUAUCUCUUCCACAUUGUGUCACUACAAAAAUUUUGAAUUUAAUCCUAGAUUAUUGUCGCUUCUACCAAGUAAUAGAACGUUCUGAAGAGGAGCGUAAAAUAUUCGAAGAGAACCUUCUUUCGAAUGAUACAAAGACAUUAUGUGAGUUGGGAACAGCUGCUGAAUGUUUACAACUAACACCUUUAGUUGAUCUUACUUGUGACGCACUUGGUCAGCAAGUUGAAGGAAAAACUCCUCAAGAGAUUAGUGAAAUAUUUCAUUUACAUGACAGUCUCGACGAGGAAGUGAAGCUAGUGCCUCCUAUAUACAUGACUGGUUAUUCACGUGUCAAAUUUGUCACCAAAUUCUAUGCUAGAAAAAGGCAACAACUAAAAGAGAGGAACAUUUUGAAGGAUGUUGAGGUAGAGCAGGAAUUGAAGGAUGAACGCUCAAUAGAUGAGCUACUCUCAUUUAUAAACGGUGAUCAAGAUGGUGAUACAAAAGGAACUACAACAAAUAAGAAUAAAAAGAAGAAUAAGAGAAAAAAACAAAAAGCAAAAGACCUCUCUCAAAAAAAUACAAUUGAAAAUCAUAAUAAGGAAAAUUUUGACAAUGCCUUAGAGGCUUCUUCAAGUAAACACUCAGAGAUGCAAGAUGUUAUUGAUGUUGAUGAUUUAGAUCCUUCAUUGAUGGCGGAAAUUGACAGUGCAUUAAUCAAGCGUGUUUUUGUUUAUAUAGGGAAGUGGAAGACUUCGAGCGAAGAUUAA